UAAAUAAAUGUACAAGUACAACUUCGAACAGAAUUCUUAGCAUCGUAUAGAAAUCUUAGAAUUGAAUGAUGAGAAGUGUAAAUUCAGUUUUGAAGGUGAUUUAUCAAUAGCAAAUGCAAUAAGAAGAGUUAUGAUAGCAGAAGUGCCUGUAAAAUUUUGGACUAAAAAUUUAGGUUAUGGCAAUUCAUUUUGUUGAUAUAAUAGAAAAUACUAGUCCUUUAUCAGAUGAAUUUCUUGCAUAGAGAUUAGGUUUAAUACCUUUGGUUUCAUAUGCAGCUGAUAGUAAAAUGUAUGAUUGGGAAGCAGAUGCAGAUACAAUAGAUGAUUAAAAAACAAAAGUAGUAUUUACAUUAAGAUAAAAAAAUUUAAAUGAUGCUCCUUUAGAAAUAACAAGUUAACAUCUUGAACCAGAAUUUGGUUAAGUAGGUGAAAUGGCUAUUCGUCCUGUAAGAAUGUUUUCACCUUUAAAUAACAAAGAAGUUGGAAUACCAAUAACUAGAUUAGGUAAGAAUUAAUCUGUACAUGUUCGUUGUCAUGCACUUAAAGGAUUUGGUAAAAUGCAUGCUAAAUGGAGUCCUAUUAAUAUUGCAACAUUUAGACAUGAAGCGGGUAAAUUUUAAAUUUAUAUCUUUAUAGAACUUAAUAUAGAUCAUUCAUAAUAAUAAUCAUUAUCACUUAUGGAAAAAUAAUCAAUUAGAGAUUCUUGUCCAAUGAAUGUAUUAGCAAUUGAUGCUAAUUAAGAUCUUGUCAUUAGUGCUAUUGAAAAAUGUGUAUUCUGUGAAGAAUGCAUUCGUUGUGUAUAUCAUAUGUAUUAUCAUCUCAUUUAGGCUGAAUCCAUUAAAAAACCAAGAUUAAUCAAAAUGCAACAUAAAAAAAAUAAAUACAUCUUCACUGUUGAAAGUGCUGGAUAACUUAAAGCUGCUGAUAUUGUAUAAAAAGUAUUUCAUUAUUCACUAUUUAUAAGGCAUUAAUUGUUUUAAGAAAAAAAGUUGAUGAAAUAUCUUAGGAUUUGAAUUUUGCCUAAUAAUAAUAACUGAAUUGAAAAUUAAUUUUAGUAUUGUCUAG